CAGUCUGUGACAGAUGGCUCUGAAUGAUUGAAGUGAAACGUGUGACGGAAUCACUGCGAGUACCGUGUCUACUGCGUCCACCAGUUGAAUAUAGAGAAGCAGCGACCAUGGUUGAACUCGAAGGAGUGAUGAAGGACAAGGGAAAGAUUUACUUGCAAAUAAUAUGCAGUGUUAUAGUUACUCUAAUGCUGUUCUGCUCUGGAAUUGCCUAUGGCUGGAUGACGAUUGCUCUACCCGACAUACGAAGCCACAAAUCUCCCAUAAACGUGCCUGGCAACCUUGAAAACUGGGUAGUCUGCGCGAUAUCGAUAGGCGGCUGUUUCGGUCCAUUUCUAUCUGCAUUACUGCUGGAUCGCAUCGGCAGAAAAUGGUUCCUCUAUCUAACCAGCGUGCCGUUCAUCGUCUGCUGGGUGCUCACUUUCUUGGCGAAAUCUUGGGUGGAACUUUUGUUAGCGAGAUUCAUCGUUGGUCUGUCAGUUGGAGCGCUGUGUGCCAUGGUCCCCGUGUACCUUGGAGAAAUAGUUGAAACAAAUAUCAGAGGAGGCUGCAGCACACUUAUGGCUCUGAUGCUCAAUUUGGGAUACAUUUUCAUAUACGGUGUUGGUCCACUCUUCUCGGGAAAGAUUCUGACGCUGAUCUGUCUAGCACCAGUAGUCGUAUUCCUCCUCACAGCUCUGUGGUUACCGGAAUCGCCUUACUUUUACAUAAAGAAGAACAAGGAGAAAUGUGCCGCGUUAACCUUGGUAUGGCUAAGGCGCAGAAGGGAUAACAGCGAAGAGAUUGAAGAAAUAAAGAAGACCAUAGAAGCCGAAAAAGAGGGUGGCUUUAAGCAGCUAUUCGUGAUACCGGCGCACAGGAGAGCAUUGUUACUCCUAUUACUGUUACUGGCAGGGCAACAGUUAUCCGGAUAUAUGGCCAUCCAAUCGUACAGCAGCAUCCUCUUUAAUCAUUUCCAUCUACGUUUCUCUACCGAGACUGCUCUUCUUCUAAUCAGUGGGAUCGCUUUGGUAUCGAGCGUAGUGUCUUCGUUGGUUGUCGACAGGUUUGGCAGGAAGGUCGUUUACCUUGUAUCAGCGUACACCAGUACCUUGUGCCUCGUUGUUAUCGGAGUAUAUUUCUUACUUGCCAAAAUAGGGAUGAAGGUCGAUAAGUUUUCUCUGGUACCAUUGAUUUCCGUCGGGAUUUACGUCGCUUUCUUCGCCUUUGGCUUAGCCUCGAUCCCAGCAACCGUCUCCUCGGAGAUUUUCCCGAUUUGUGUGAAAUCCUGGGCAACCACGAUUGCCAAUGCUUACGGAUCCGCGCUCGCUAUGAUCGUUGGAGUAAUUUACAAGCCUAUAGUAGAUCGUUUCGGCUAUCACGCAAUGUUCCUCGGCUUUGCCCUUAUCGAACUUAUAAUCACUAUCGUUGUGAACGUCAUCAUGCCAGAAACUUCGCGCAAGUCCUUCAAAGAAAUUCAGGACAUAUUCGACAGAGAAAGUUGUAAUAAGAAGGCGAAAGCUGAAGUAACGGAAGCAGAAUAAACAAUUAAUUGCACUUUAUGUAUUUGAACUUUCUCUGUGAUUUUAUUUGUACCAUCGGAAACCUGUUUCACGCUGUUCAAGUGCCACGAGAAACCGCGAGCGUUCUGUAAAUCGAAUUUAAGGAAAUAUUAGUACGAGGCAAAUGGACAAGACGACGAAAGGCAAAAGCAAGGAAGAGUUUUAAGUUACCUAUGCUCUUAUCGUGUCUCCUGCGAAAUUUUUAAGCUUGAUGAACAAAGUGCGCGUUAUAUAUUCGUUUACGUUCCCUUGCCGUCUGAUUUCUGACAUUCGCGUUUGUCCCUGCAGUGGAAAAGAAUUUUAUUUCGUGAUUACAUCGGCGAAUAAUAAGGAAGACAGGAAAGGAAGAAAAUGUAAAGGUCGGUUUAAGAAAUGUUAAACGUAAUAUACCUUCCUUUACUUGCGAGGGAUACG